UGAACCCAGCACAUAGAUAGACGGUACCACCCGCGAACACAACAUUCACCACCGAGGGGGGGCGCUAUCAAACAGACACUAGUUGUGGAGAACUGGGAACACAAUUCGACGUGACACCGGAAGUAGACAGGAGGAAGCGGAAGAACAACAACAAGAAUUAGAAGAAGAACAAGAAGAAGAAGAGGCUAACCUCCGCUAGCUAGCUAGCUACUGCUGGGAAGUAGCGACAAAAUCUCCAGGGUCACGAUGAGUUAUCCAGAGAAGCAGGACGAAAUAACGAGGGACGAGUGGAUGGAUAAACUCAACAAUGUCCACAUCCAGAGAGCCGACAUGAACCGGCUCAUCAUGAACUACCUGGUGACAGAGGGCUUCAAAGAGGCAGCAGAGAAAUUCCGGAUGGAGUCCGGGAUCGAGCCCAGUGUCGAUCUGGAUUCUCUCGAUGAACGGAUUAAAAUCCGAGAGAUGAUCCUGAAGGGACAGAUCCAGGACGCCAUCGCGCUGAUCAACAGUCUGCACCCGGAGCUGCUGGAUACGAACCGUUACCUCUACUUUCACCUACAGCAGCAGCAUCUGAUCGAGCUGAUUCGUCUGAGGGAGACCGAAGCUGCUCUCGAGUUCGCCCAGGCUCAGUUAGCGGAGCAGGGGGAGGAGAGCCGAGAGUGUCUGACGGAGAUGGAGAGGACACUGGCCCUGCUGGCGUUCGACAACCCGGAGGAGUCCCCAUUCGGAGAUCUGCUGAAUAUGAUGCAGAGACAGAAGGUGUGGAGUGAAGUAAAUCAGUGUGUACUCGACUAUGAAAACAGGGAGUCAACCCCCAAGCUGGCCAAGCUCCUGAAACUCCUGCUGUGGGCUCAAAACGAACUUGACCAAAAGAAAGUGAAGUAUCCGAAAAUGACAGACCUCAGCAAGGGAACAAUCGAAGACCCCAAAUAAGGACCCGCAGAGAAAACAUACCACCGCAUGAUAUAACGGACACAUUUCCUUUACCUAUUUAUACCCCGACAAACCGACUCGUAGAGUACAACCUUUUCUUUUUGUAAGGGUUGCUUUUUGAUACUUAAGUAAGGUAGAAUGUGCAAACUGGAGUAAUGGCAUUUUAAGAGGAACUCUCACACUAAAAUAACCCACAUACCAUUAUUCUGCUUGGUAUUUAAAUAUCUGUUUAAAUAAAAUUGGUUUAUCUCA